AUGCCCCGCAAGCCAUCCCCUCCUCCCACCCUCUCACCACCGCUCUCUUCCCGCCGCCGAAUCCUCCACUCCCCCUCAAGCUCCACCCCAUCGGCACCAAAACCCACCAAACGCAAACCCCGCGGCCUCCACACACGCCUCCCAUCCGGCGCUAACGCCAGCAAGUGGUGUGAGCUCGCUGAUAUCCUGGAUGGGAUGGUGGAUAUUUGUUCCGACUCUUCCGACUCUUCGUCCUCUUCAUCGGUGAAUGGGGAUGGUGAUGGUGCAUGGGAGGAGGAGGGGGAUGGGGAUGGGUUACAAGCUUGGAGCGGUGGUGGGAAGGAUGAUGAUAUAGACGUAUGGCACCCCCCUCCGCCGCCGCAGCGGCCGUCGGGGAUAAAGAUUAUGAGGGCUGAGCGGGUGCCAGAGCCGGAGCCGGAGCCGGAGCCAGAGCUAGCGGCUGCGGUCAGCCCCAUCGGACAUGAAGUCUUCCUCACCACUGCACGGUAUCAGCAGGAGGUAUUCCACCGGACCGAGGUGACCGAGGUGGAGCUGGUCCGCGAGGUCGUGGUGGAGGAGUGCGGGUACUACCGCCACCAGUACCGACAGCAUAUGGAAGCAGUGGAGUUCCAGCGGACACGAACUACCGCGGCUACAGAGACCACACAUUUGGCGUGGAAUUAUGUGCGCACGCGGGUUCGGGAAAAGAUGUCGGAGACGGUCCGAGUCCCUCCGACACCUCUAACCGCCGCCGCGGCGCUCGCCGUGGAGACCGCAGCCCCGUCUGCUCCGACCACUCCGACGACGGCACCGAAAGCCCUACCACCAGUGGUUGGGAGCGAGCAUGUUCCCACGCGCCACACUCCCACGCGCCACACUCCCACCACUCCCACCAUCCGUCAGUGGAACGGAUAG